AUGAUAGCUCCGGAUACGGGCUCGACAAACGCGGAUCGAGUUAGCGUGAGGAUAUCCAGCGAAAAAGCACCCUUGAUUAACGGGAGAAGUGUCUUUCGUAGACUAGGAAGUUUUUUUGGAAUGGGAAAGUCGUCGAACGCUGAGACGGAUGGGUAUGUUGAGUUUAGCAGCCUCGGGGUUGACAAUACCCGGACACUUGGUACCUUUGCUGGCGUAUUCAGUCCAGUUACUCUGUCUAUGUUCAGUGCCUUAAUAUUUAUACGAAUGGGAUAUAUUGUGGGUAACGCUGGAUUACUUGUAACGUUGACGCAGUUUAUGAUAGCUUAUGGAAUUUUAGUAUUCACGGUAGCAUCUGUGUGUGCUAUUUCGACAAAUGGAGCUGUUGAAGGUGGAGGCGCAUAUUUCAUGAUAAGCCGUACGCUGGGUCCAGAAUUCGGCGGUUCAAUCGGAACAUUAUUUUUCAUGGCAAACAUAGUAUCAAGCGCCCUGUGUAUCACAGGUUGCGCUGAAGGAAUAGUAGAAAAUUUCGGCCCAAACGGAUACUUGGUCGGCUCCGCCUCAGUCUUCCCAGACAGUCCUUGGUGGCGAUUUCUCUACUGCACCGUCUUGAACACAGCAAACCUGUUAGUGUGCCUGAUCGGCGCUUCAAUGUUCGCUAAAACCAGCGUUGCGAUUUUCGCGACAGUCUGCAUCUGCCUGGGCAGUGUGUUCCUCAGUUUCCUGACCCAGGAGCCCAUGGAUGUUCCGAUUCCGGACGCAAACACUCUCGUCAAAAACAUAACCGAGCAGUUAAACGCGUCUUAUACCGGCCUGCGAGCAACAACCUUGCAAGGAAACUUGUACUCAAAUUACACCGCCGACUACUCGAGCGAUGGAAGGAUGUCAGACUUUGCCAGUGUCUUCGGUGUCCUCUUCAGCGGCGUGACCGGAAUAAUGGCCGGUGCAAACAUGUCUGGAGAGCUGAAGAACCCAAGCGUGAACAUUCCUCGGGGGACUUUGUCAGCGGUUUUGUUCACAUUCAUCUGCUACAUCGUUCUUUCAAUCCUCACCGCAGCGACGUCAAGCAGAUUUCUUCUGCAGAACAAUUUCAUCUACAUGAUGCCCAUAAAUCUUUGGCCACCAUUUGUUGCCGUCGGCAUACUAACAGCAACAUUCAGCGCCAGUCUCAGCAAUUUAAUCGGCUCCAGUCGCGUAUUGGAAGCUCUCGCCAAAGACAAUAUCUUCGGAUCCGGUCUGAACUUCAUUUGCCGAGGAACCUGGAAAGGCAACCCCAUAGCUGCCGUCUUUACCUCUUGGUGUCUCGUGCAAAUAAUCCUGCUGAUCGGAUCCCUCAAUACUAUCGCACAAAUAAACUCCGUACUGUUUUUGCUGAGUUACUUAGCGACGAAUCUCGCCUGCUUGGGUCUUGAAUUGGCCAGCGCGCCCAACUUCAGGCCAACAUUCAAUUACUUCACCUGGCAUACCGCUACAAUUGGUUUGCUGGGUACACUGGUAAUGAUGUUCGUCAUAAACAGUAUUUACGCUUCAAUAAGUAUUAUAGUCUGUUUAAUUUUAAUAAUCGUGUUACAUUUGUUUUCCCCGAGCAAAAAUGCAGCCUGGGGCAGUAUUUCCCAGGCUUUGAUAUUCCACCAAGUGAGAAAGUACCUGUUGAUGCUGGACUCGCGCAAAGAUCAUGUUAAAUUUUGGCGACCGCAGAUGUUGCUAAUGGUCGCGUCUCCAAGAUCGGCAUGUCCGCUGAUAGACUUUAUAAAUGAUUUGAAGAAAGGCGGGCUGUUUGUUAUAGGACAUGUUAAAGUUGGAGACUUUAAUCAGACUGGACAAAAAUUGGACCCGACUUUGGACGAGUACCCGCAGUGGCUGAGUCUUGUUGAUCACCUGAAAGUAAAAGCUUUCGUUGAAAUGACAAUCACCAAGACUGUGAGAGAAGGCUUGCAGCAUUUGAUUCGUAUCUCGGGGAUGGGUGCUAUGAAACCAAAUACUAUUAUUCUAGGAUUUUACGAUGACGAAAUGCCUAGAGAUUUUUUCCACGAGUCAAAGUACGCGACUGCUAUGUUCGAUGACAAUAGCGGGAUAAAUGGAGGAGGUAUGAUUUUCCCGUUGAGACAAAACGAAGGAAAAAUUGUCGAUGCGCAUCAGUACGUAGGAAUGUGUAUUGAUGUGCUGAGGAUGAAGAAGAAUUUGUGUCUCUGCAGGCAUUUUUCGACUCUUGAUAAAAUGUCGAUAAACAAAAAUUCUAAUGUUGAAUUUGUAGACGUGUGGCCGGUUAACUUUUUCCAGCCGAGUGACCAAGAUCCCUUUGAUACAACCUCGCUGUUUAUGCUGCAGUUGGCUUGUAUUAUAAACAUGGUGCGUGGGUGGAGCAAUUUGAAGUUAAGAGUCUUUUACUGCGAAAUGUCAGACAACUCCGCGAGCUUGAGCAUCACUGAGUCCCAGGGCUCAACUAGCAUUGAGUUUCCUCGCGCGUCUACGGAAUAUCGUCUGAAGAAGUUGUUGAAUAUGCUGAGAAUAAGCGCGACGAUACAGAAAAUUCCUGGACUGGGAGCUCAAUUUUCUGGGUUGAAGGGAAGACCUAUCAUCGAGACGGGAAGUUUUGAUUCUCAAGAUACGCCGCAGGAGUUGAGUAACUUGGCCAGGACUUAUAUUCUGAGUGUUAAUCAACUGGUUCGGGAUAGUUCUGCUAAAACAGCUGCUACUUUUCUGUAUCUUCCUCAACCACCGGUUACUAAUAACUGGAAUCAAGAUGAAUUGUACAAACAGUAUCUACAAAUUCUUACUGAACUGACGGCUGAUUUACCGCCUACUAUUCUUGUUCAUGGGCUUAAUGCAGUAACAUCAACUACUUUAUAA